UUUAGGACCAAGAUUACGCGUCUAGAACAAGACAGGCAGGCAUGUUCUGUCUGACAUUCACAAAUUUUCAAAUAUUUUUUAAAUCAUUAUUUACUUCUUUAAUCCAAAUCCAAUACUACCUUCUUCUUUUUAAUCUCUUCGUUGAUCCUUCCUUUUACGUGGUUAAAUCUCAUAAACGCGUAUAAUUAAUUCCUGUCGUCAAAUCUCGUUAGAUUUUCCUUAAAUUUCUCUGAUUCUCUCUCUUAGAUUGUGUCUGAAUCUGGACAAGAUCCGUGUGUCGAAAACCAGAAGAAGACGAUGAUAGAGAGAUGCUUAGGAACGCAGCGUUUAAGGAGAUUACAGAGAGUCUGGCGUCAAGGAAAGGUGACGCUUCUCUGCCUCGUUCUCACCGUCGUCGUCCUACGUGGCACAAUCGGAGCAGGUAAGUUCGGUACGCCGGAGCAAGACAUCGAGGAGAUCCGCGAGCAUUUCUUCUACUCCCGCAAACGCGCCGAGACUCACCGCGUCCUCGUCGAGGUCUCCUCCAAAACGACGUCGACUAAAGACGGAGCUGGAGAUAGCAACAACAACUACGAGAACUUCGAUUUCAAGAAGAUAUUCGUCGACGAAGAGAAAGCUUUAGACCGGAGUAAACCGUAUUCUCUCGGUCCGAAGAUCUCUGAUUGGGACGAACAGAGGAUUGAUUGGCUGAAACAAAACCCUAGCUUCCCGAACUUCGUGGCGGCGAACAAGCCUAGGGUUCUUCUCGUCACAGGCUCAGCUCCCAAGCCGUGCGAGAAUCCCGUGGGAGACCAUUACCUCUUGAAAUCGAUCAAGAACAAGAUCGAUUACUGUCGGAUCCACGGGAUCGAGAUCUUCUACAACAUGGCCUUGCUCGACGCGGAGAUGGCUGGGUUCUGGGCUAAGCUUCCGUUGAUUCGGAAGUUGCUAUUGUCUCAUCCCGAGAUCGAGUUUCUAUGGUGGAUGGACAGUGACGCGAUGUUCACGGACAUGGUGUUCGAGCUUCCGUGGGAGAGGUACGAGGAUUACAACCUCGUGAUGCACGGCUGGAAGGAGAUGGUUUACGAUCAGAAGAAUUGGAUUGGUUUAAACACCGGAAGCUUCUUGAUUAGGAACUCGCAGUGGGCCCUUGAUCUCCUCGACGCUUGGGCUCCCAUGGGCCCUAAAGGGAGGAUCCGAGAAGAAGCGGGUAAAGUCUUGACCCGGGAACUUAAAGACCGGCCCGCGUUCGAAGCGGACGAUCAGUCGGCGAUGGUUUAUCUUUUGGCGACGGAGAGAGAGAAAUGGGGAGGGAAAGUGUAUCUUGAGAGUGGCUAUUACUUGCACGGUUACUGGGGGAUUUUGGUGGACCGGUACGAGGAGAUGAUUGAGAAUCAUAAACCGGGUUUUGGAGACCAUCGGUGGCCGCUCGUGACUCAUUUCGUGGGGUGCAAACCGUGCGGGAAGUUUGGGGAUUAUCCGGUUGAGAGGUGUCUCCGGCAGAUGGAUAGAGCGUUUAAUUUUGGAGACGAUCAGAUCCUUCAGAUGUAUGGGUUCACGCAUAAGUCGCUAGGGAGUCGGAGCGUGAAGCCAACGCGCAGCCAGACGGACAGGCCGGUUGAUGCUAAAGACGAGUUUGGGCUGCUUCAUCCGCCGUUUAAAGCGGGCAAGCUCGCGACGUCGACGUGAGGAAGAGUGUUGUUUUCUUUAGGACACACAUUAAUGUGUCAUUCCUUUCUUUAUUCGUUUGUAGUUUCCUUAAUUAAGUUAUACUACUAUGAUCUCCCAUUUACGAUGGAGUCGUGUAUGAAAGAGUAUCUAGUGAUUUUCUUGUACAUAAUCAAUUUAAAGAUUUACUUAUCA